AGAGAGAGAGAGAGAGAGAGGAAGGCAAAAGAGGUUUUUGGAUAUUCACCGCCUCAAACUCUUCUUCUCAAUACCUCUCGCUUCUAUGAAUAUCUCCCAAUUUUUAAAUAUCAGCUGAAUUUGAACUGGCACACACACCAGAAAUAUUAGUGUCUCCACCCUUCAAAUUCGUCUGGGAUUUCUCGUAGAAAAAAAAAAAAAUCUAAUCUUUCUUUGUGUCAGAACUAGCAAUGGCCUUCGAUGCAAACUCUGUACCCAAAGAUUUACGCCCUCUGAACAUAGUCCGAAACGCACCCCCCGAGGACCCUAGACUCGCCCCCGUGACCUCGUCCAGUAGGCCCAUUGAAGGGUUCUACACAAGCCCACCCCCCGAUUCAUCCUGUAGGCCCAUUGGAGGGUUCUACACAAACCCACCUGCUGAAAUUGGGGGCAGCCCUAGCACCAUGCCUGCCGUUUAUUACCCACCCACACUGCCCGAAGGACCCUUUGUACCCUUAGGGUUCAAUAACAACCCCACACCAGGAGUCGCUGGGUGGGUUCAGCAGGGCGUGCCCUUUCUGCAUCCCCAAACGAGCCCCACAUUAAUCACUCAUUUCAGGACGCUGGCUGUGGCCGGUGCUUCGGAUCAUGCCAGCAAGGAUGGAGGUGGCAAUGACUCAGCGUCAGGCCGCAAGGUCAAAUUUUUGUGCAGUUUUGGCGGGAAAAUACUUCCCCGAUUGAGUGACGGCGCUUUGAGAUACGUCGGGGGGCAGACGAGAAUAAUUAGCGUCAGGAGGGGUAUCAGCUUUGGCGAAUUCGUCCGGAAAAUGGCGGAUACGUAUGCGCAGGGUGUGGCUGUUAAGUAUCAGCUGCCGGACGAGGAUCUUGAUGCGCUUGUCUCUGUUUCAUGUCCGGAUGAUCUUGAAAACAUGAUGGAUGAGUACGAGAAGCUGGUCGAGAGGUGUCCGGACGGCUCAGCUAAGCUGAGGAUAUUUCUGUUUACGCCUUUGGAGGCUGAGAACGGGGGUUUUGCAGGGGUCGGGGAUCUUCAGGAUGGCGCGCAGAGGUAUGUGGAGGCCGUGAAUGGUGUUUUGGAUGGAUUUUGCUGCCAUAAUGGUAGCAACAGUCGUAUUGUGAGGAAGGAGAGUAUUGAGAGUGUUGUUUCGGGUCAGAAUUCUUCGGACUUGAGUGGUACUGAAGGUGGUGAUGGAUUGUUAAGUAAUCGUUUAGGGGAGGUUAUCGGUAUGCCAUCUAGUGCUGGGUUGUCGCCCAAGGAAAAUUAUGUGAAUCCGAAUCCAGUAUCAUUUGCGGAGCCUUCUUUUGCCGAAACAGGAGUUCCAGUUGUUAGUACGGUUCCCAGUACAAGUCUUGCCGCUGAGCAAGAUGUGGAGAGAUCGAUGCCUGUUAAUGUGGUGAGUUAUCCGCCAGUUUCAGCUUAUGUCCAGGCCUAUGUGGACCCUCAGCAGGAAAAUAUGAACCAUGCACACGUUGUUCAAAUUCCGUCCCAAAUGGGAUAUCCUGCAAAUUUUUUGGGGCCUGUGAGGCCUGUUUACGCUCAAACUCAACCGCCUAUUCCAGCUGGCAUUUCUCCACAACAGUUUAAUCCCACUAUGCACAUGACAAUAAAUCCAGCUUUUACGAGCACGAAUCCCAAUGCACUUCCUACUGUCAUCCAGCCACAACACAUUCGUAUGGAGCAUUUUCCCGUAGAGAGGGUUGUGCAAAUUCCUGCCGAUCAAGGAUACAGUGCACGCCCACCGCAGGUCCCGGUGCAAGGUGGGGCCCACAAUUGGCAUCAGGCUUCACAUCCAGACCAGAUAGCUUUCUCAGAGGGGGCUUUGUCUCCUCAACAACAGGUCGUGCUUCCUGAAAAGGUUCCGAGGUUAGAGGACUGCCACUUGUGUCAGAAAGCAUUGCCACACGCCCAUUCGGACACGAUAGCUCAGGAGAAAAACGUUCCUGCCAGCACCUUAUCCGAUUCGAGGCCGAUUUAUUCGAGUGUUCACUUUGACGGUCGAGGACGGCCGAUGAUCAGGCCCUUGGUGCCAGUGGCAGAAAACAAUGUGGAGCAACUGGCUGGUGGAAAUCUUCUGACAGAGGGAAUAACGGAGCCGUAUGUAAACGAUAAAGCCGUCCCCCAGAAGACAGGAAAUCUCGAACCUUCUAAGACGACACUGCAGCAGGGCUUUGUGAUGAGUAAUGGGGUCCAAUAUCCUUAUGGCAUGUUUUUGGGCAAUGCACCCCAGUCUAGCCAGUCUAAUGCUGUACAAAAUGUAAUUGUUCAGCCUCAACCCCAAGUAAAUAAUGGUUUUUCCCCCAUUGGUAUUCCGUUACAGAUUAAUGAUUAUGUUCUUCACGAAUCCCCUAGAGCCUAUGCAGACAAAGUUUCUGGUGGAGUUCCUAUGGACGAACCUUCCUCAUCGGCGUUGGAGCACCUAAGACAAAUUGAUGAAAGGUUGGAAGAUCUCCAAAUACGGCCUUCUGAAGUGUUAUCAAAUAAUGAGCAUAAUAACAAGGUAGUUGGAGAUCCUCGCAAGGGAGACACACAUAAUAUUACAUCUGCCGAACUCUGUGAAACGACUAAGCCUCCUCCUGUAGGUAGUCCUAACAUGUAUCCUUAUUCAUCCCAAGGGAUAAGUCAUUUGCACACGAGUGAUACUUCUGGAAAUACUGUGUAUUCUGGUAUAGAGCUUCCUCGUGCAGCAGAAAUAAUCUCGCCUGGUAGUGAAUGGAAGGACAACAAUGUUGCAUGGCCUCAGUCUAAAAUGGUUGGUUUUGAGGAUAUCACUGAUAACUCGACAUCGCUAUUUAGCAACCAGGAUCCUUGGAGUAUGAUGCCUGAUACUCAUAAACCCCCUCCCAAACCUGAAAAAAUUCAAAUAAGAAAGGACACAGGCCAAAGAGAGGACAAUCGUCUCUUGAAUACUGGUGAAACACAAAGAAUUUUGUCCUUAGAGAGCCCACUGGCGGAUGGAGGAUACCAGCAGUCUAGCAAUGGAGAGCUUCGUCUGGACCAUAGUUUGUCUAAUGAAGGUUCUGCAGAGGAACUAAUAAAACAAGAACUUCAAGCAGUUGCUGAGGGUGUAGCUGCCUCUGUUCUUCAUUCAUCCAUCCCUUCAAAUCCCGAUCUAUCUCCACCUACAACCCAGCAAAAUGGUGGUGUUCAACCUACUAAUGUUGAAAUACAGCACAAAGACAAACUUGAAGAAAUCAAGACUAAAUUGCCGGACAAGAUAAAUUUUGGGUUUCCUGCAUCAGGCAUGGGCCGGCUACAGAUUAUUAGAAACAGUGAUCUGGAAGAGUUGCGGGAAUUGGGUUCUGGUACUUUUGGUACUGUUUAUCAUGGAAAGUGGAGGGGCACCGAUAUUGCCAUAAAACGCAUCAAUGACAGAUGUUUUGCUGGGAAGCCUUCUGAGCAAGACCGCAUGAGAGAUGAUUUCUGGAAUGAGGCCAUCAAACUAGCUGACUUGCACCAUCCAAACGUGGUUGCUUUUUAUGGGGUUGUUCUAGAUGGUCCUGAUGGUUCAAUUGCCACUGUUACUGAAUACAUGGUGAAUGGUUCUUUGAGAAAUGCUUUACAGAAGAGUGAGAGGAAUCUUGAUAAGCGCAAGCGCCUUUUGAUUGGAAUGGAUAUCGCCUUUGGAAUGGAAUACUUGCAUGGAAAGAAUAUAGUUCAUUUUGACUUGAAAAGUGACAAUCUGUUGGUCAAUCUCCGUGAUCCACAUCGACCAAUAUGCAAGGUUGGUGACUUGGGGCUGUCAAAGGUGAAAUGUCAAACCCUAAUAUCUGGUGGGGUCAGAGGAACUCUUCCAUGGAUGGCCCCAGAGCUUCUCAAUGGGAGCAGUAGCCUGGUGUCAGAGAAGGUUGAUGUGUUUUCAUUUGGAAUCGUAAUGUGGGAACUCCUCACAGGCGAUGAACCUUAUGCCGAUUUGCACUAUGGAGCCAUUAUCGGUGGUAUUGUGAGCAACACCUUGCGGCCCCCUGUGCCCGAAACAUGUGACCCUGAUUGGAGGGCUCUGAUGGAGAGGUGUUGGUCUUCCGAACCAUCCGAAAGGCCAAAUUUCACCGACAUUGCCAAUGAAUUACGAGCCAUGGCCACUAAGCUCCCGUCUAAAGGACAGCCCCAGCAGCAGCAACUUCCAUCAAACAAUCCUCAAAUCAAAGGCUAAUUUAAGUUUCAUGUUUUAUUUUUUUUGUCUGGUCAGCAUGUUAUGUAGGUUGGAUUAUCCAAAUUUUGCUCAAGUUUCAUAUAGAUAGAAAAGGAAAAAUGGUCUGAUUACCAAAAUAAUUAUUAUUGACUUCUGAUAUGCAAAUGCUCUGGGGGAUUAUAAAUUAUUGUAGUUUGGGGUUAUCUUGGAGUUGGAAGGAGAGGCUAUUUGACCUGUGUUUGACUUAGCAAGUUAGAAACGGUUAUCAGAAAAGGAUAAAUCCAGAAUUAGUUUACUUGUCCGGGCUUCAAGCAUUUGAACAUAUUUUCUACUAGUUGUCUUGGUUUUCAUAUAGAAAGUCUUGCUUUUGUUUAAACUAAUUUUCUGUUUUGAACGAGAAUCGAUAUUAGUUAAAUGUGUUUGCAUAAAAAUGCGAAAAG